UGUGGCGCGCGGGUAACAGGGUCUCAGGGCCUCCAGAUCGGUGUCUCGGGCCCCGGUCUACACAGCUGGGCUUGUGUGGGAGGAGGCUGUGAGGACACGUGUCCUCUGCUCCCGCGGGGAGGGGUCUCAGGGUCCUGCUAGGAGCUCCGGUCCCGCGGAGCCCCACCUCCGGGGAAGGAAAGGUGGGGGGAAAAGUGGGUUUUUCAGCUUCCUGCGACUGUUGUUAGUGGUCAGAGAAAUGCCUGUUUGAGUUCCUUCAUAUGAAGGAAUUUUUCAAGGUCUUUAAAUAGGGGUUGUAGACAAGCGUUACAGCGGACCCAAAUAUGCAAACAUUCAACAACCGCGUGCGUGGUCCUUCAGUCCGCUGCCUGAAAGGCGUGACGGAGUUUGGGCUGCUUUCUCCCCCCUGACUUGCAGUUUGUAACAUGCACCUCUAGUUUUAAUUGUCGGUUGAUGGCAGGUGACUACCUUUAUAAAAUAAACUGUUCUGUGCUGCCUCCCUGGACCUAACAGGAUUCUAGGAUCUUCCAUGCUUAUGUUCCUAGAAAUACAAGACUUUACCAGCACUCAGGAGGUAGAGGCAGGCGGAUCUCUUGAGUUCGAGACCAGCCUGGUCUACAAAUCUGAUAGUUUUGGCUUUUAUGGGGGCCUCAGCUCCAGCUCCAGCUAUGUGGACAGCAGACGAGAUUGCUCAGCUGUGCUAUGCACACUAUAAUGGCAAACUACCCAAGCAGGGGAAGCCUGAGCCAGAUCGUGAAUGGACUUUGUUGGCAGCUGUGGUGAAGAUACAGUCUCCAGCUGACCAAACUGGUGACACCACUGAUAAGGAAGUGCAAGUGACAAAGGAAGUUGUCUCAAUGGGAACAGGAACAAAAUGCAUAGGCCAGUCCAAGAUGAGGAAGAGUGGAGACAUCCUCAAUGACAGCCAUGCUGAGAUCAUAGCCAGAAGAAGUUUCCAAAGGUACCUUCUCCAUCAGCUCCAUUUGGCAGCCGUCCUGAAAGAGGAUAGUAUCUUUGUGCCAGGAACUCAAAGAGGACUGUGGACGCUCAGACCUAACCUGUCUUUUGUGUUUUUCUCUAGCCACACACCCUGUGGGGAUGCCUCCAUCAUUCCAAUGCUGGAGUUUGAAGAACAACCUUGCCGUCUUGUCAUCAGAAAUGGGGUCAACAACUCACCUGUGGAAAGGAGUGAUAAUCUAGAGGAUUCCAAAAAUAAAAGGGAUUGUGAAGACCCUGACAGCCCUGUAGCCAAGAAGAUGAAGCUUGGAGCUCCUGCCAGGGCGCUCUCCAGUUGCAUAGCUCACCAUGGGAUGCAGGAAAGUGGUACAAUCAAACCAGAUGUCAGCAGCUCUGAUCUCACCACGGAGGAACUGGAUGCUGCCAAUGGAACAGCUCCAGGUAGUUUCAGAGUGGUAGAUGUAUAUAGAACAGGAGCCAAGUGUGUUCCCGGAGACACCGGAGACUUGAGAAAGCCAGGUGCUGCCUACCACCAGGUGGGGCUGCUUCGAGUAAAGCCGGGCAGGGGAGACAGGACGUGCUCCAUGUCCUGCAGUGACAAGAUGGCAAGGUGGAAUGUCCUUGGAUGCCAGGGUGCACUGCUGAUGCACUUCCUGGAAAAGCCCAUCUACCUGUCAGCUGUGGUCAUUGGGAAGUGCCCAUACAGCCAGGAAGCCAUGAGGAGAGCGUUGAUUGGCAGGUGUCAGGAGGCCUUGGAGUUACCCAGAGGCUUUGGAGUUCCUGAACUGAAGAUAGAGCAGUCGGGUUUGCUGUUUGGACAGAGCCGCCGUGCAGUGCAAGUGCGAAGAGCCGACGGAGCGGGCCGGCUCGCUCCUUGUGGGGCAGCUAUCAGCUGGAGUGCUGUUCCUGAGCAUCCUUUGGAUGUGACUGCCAAUGGUUUUCCACAGGGAACAACAAAGAAAGAAAUUGGAAGCUCUCGGGCCAGAUCCCGAAUCAGCAAGGUGGAACUCUUUAGAUCAUUCCAGAAGCUGCUGAGCAGCAUUGCAGAAGACAAGCAGCCGGACUCUGUCAGGGUGCAGAAGCUGGCCACCUACCAGGAGUACAAGGAGGCUGCGUCUGCCUACCAGGAAGCCUGGCGCGCACUCCGAAGGAAACAGCCGUUUGCAUCCUGGAUCAGAAACCCACCUGACUACCACCAAUUUAAGUGAACUCUUGCUCCUAUCAGGACCCUUCAUAUUGACCUGCCUCUCCCUUCAUGCUGAGCACACCUCUGCUUUCCUGGUGGUUAAAUCAGAGAAGAAAGAAAUGCCGUCUCUCGGUGCUGCACCUCUUUGGGGUCCUGUAGAUGGAACCUGGACCUCAUCAAUCUGCACUUGAUUGGAGUAGCUCCUUGCUAAAGUGGCCUCUCCAUACUGACUGUGGCGCUUCAUUGGUGCUGUGUACUACAACAUCAGAGUUCGGAACAUGACGCUUUUUAAAGUGAUCUGCAGCAGCCCUGGCUUAUGUUGUCCUACACUGAUUCGGCAAAUGUCUAUUGGGCUGAAAUGAUAUUAGAAUGUCUGGAGACUUUGCAGCUUCUCCUGGAGUAGUGAACAUGUAUUUCAUAUUCCCAGCCUUCCUUUGGGAACCCUCAUUUCUCAGUCCUCAGCAAUCAGCUGUAGUUGAAGUUAACUUUACUCUCAGGCUCAGCACAGGACUAGCCUUGUUCUCAGACCUAUCAAGAAAGGUCUGUUUGUUUGUUUUAAGACAGAGUCUUACUUUGUAGCUGCACUAUCCUUGACUUUCAGCCCUGCAUCAGCCUCCCAAGUGCCAAGAUGAUAGGCAUGAGCCACCAUCAUAACUAACCCAAAAUACAUCAUUCUCUCUUUCCCUCCCUCUCUCCCUCUCCUUCCUCUCCUUCCUACCUUUUCUUCUUGAGACAGGAUCCCCUCCUUAGCCCAGGCUGGCCUUCAACUUACUAUGCAGCCAAGGAUGACCUUGAACUCUGAUCUUCCUGCCUCUGCCUCCAAGUGUAACACUAUACAUUGCUUCCAGUAUUCUCCUCUGAUCGGUGUCGUGAGGGCCACUGUAAUCUUGUAACUGCCAGUGGUCGCCAUCUUUUCCUGCCACACAGAGACAGCCAGCUGAGGAUAAAGGUAGCUGGCGUGGAGCAUUGCUGCUUGACAAAGUUCCAUUAUUUGAACAUUGCAGACCACACUUCUCCAGCAUCUUUUUCCUUUCAUGUUUAAUGACUCCCUUUGGGAACUUUUGUUCGGGCUUUGGUAAAGGAUAAAAAUGUGUACAAUGGUAGCCUCUCUAAACAACAUUUUGGGAAAAAAUUUUCUUUGGAAAAAAAAUCCCCACCUCGGUGGAACCAGGAAUUCCAUUGUGCCCUCCUAAUUACACCAAGAACCGGAAAGUUAGACAUUUACUAGACACACCUGAUCCCAAGAAUGAAAUGCCUACAAUUCAGAUCCAGAGCCUGAGGCCAUUAAGGGCAAUUGUAAUUUUUAAAAAAAAAUAUUUAUUAUGUACAGUGUUCUGCCUGCAUGUUCGCCUGCAGGCCAGAAGAGGGCGCCAGAUUUCAUUACAGGUGGUUGUGAACCACCAUAUGGUUGCUGGGAAUUGAACUCAGGACCUCUGGAAGAAUAGUCAGUGCUCUUAACUGCUGAGCCAUCUCUCCAGCACCACCACCACCAUCCCUUUUUUUUUUUUCAAUUGUUGUAUUUUUAAAAUGGCUCUGCAGUGGCGUUGGCCCAUAGAGCCAAGGUGCCCUACAGCAGGUGAGAGAGACAUACCAUGCAGAUAUGGUGGGUGGCGGCCAAGAGGACAUGGCAGAAAGUCAUUCACACCAUACACCCAUGUGGAAAAGUUUUAUUGCAGGGAGGGAGAAGGGAAGAAAGGAAGAGAGGACUUUACUUAAGAUGACGUGGUCAGGACGCUGGUGUGAUGCCCAAGGGGCGGGUCUGAAUGCUAACAUUCCCUAACAUUAAGAGUUCAGUUAAUGAAUACAGAGACGUCAGAAUGGUACAGUAUAAUGGGAAAAGAGUAAGACAUCAGAACCGUCCCUUUUGGGAGUGUAUGAGGCCCAUAUAGUAAGACUAAGAAACUGUAGUAUAAUGUCUGCUCCCCAGAAGAAGUCCUUUUCCCAAGGUCAGGCAUAUGGAUAAGGGUCUCCAUUCCCUUGAGGGCUUGAAUAAAGUUCCUGCUUGCUAAAGCAGUCAUUCUUCUUAUCUCUAACAAGAGGAAUUUGUGAUCCUUCCGUUAAGAUAUGACUGGUGCCUACUGUCAAGGUCAAUGCUGGAUUCCUCAAGCCGCAUCCCAGCUCACAUGCCCCUCGUCUCUGUUUAAUCCUAUGUGCAGGUAUACAGUAUAAAAUUUGUAAUGAGAUCUGGUAUCCUCUUCUGGUAGACAGACUGUAUACAUAAUAAAUAAAUCUUUUUUAAAAAGACAAACAAAAAGGUUUAAUUUUUUUUUCAACUAAAUGCUGCUGGCAGCCAUCCUGAUUCACCUUCAGAUCAUGUCCUCCCCUCCCCACCCCAGACUACACACACACACACACACACACACACACCGAAGGGGAGCCUCAGGAGGCAGCAAAGGAGGAAACAGCCAAAGCCCUAGUAUCCAGCCUGCACCCGAACUCAAAUAUGAGAUGGGUGCCUAUUUUGUUUUUAAUUUAUUGUCGGGCGCCCACACAUGUCACAGUGUAUGUGUGGUGGUAAGCACCUUUAUCAGCUGAGAGGGUUGUUUUCUUUUAACUUAGUUCCAAAAUGCCUUAAAUUCCUAUAGACCUAGCAACUAACCCUGUUUAACUGCCAUUGAAGAGACAGCUCACAGUUUAUUCCCACCUUGAAGAACUGGCUGAAAACAGAAGUUCUCCCCUUUGUUACUCAAGGUCACCAUUUAUUUAUUUAUUGAGACAGGGUUUCUCUGUGUUGUUUUAGUACCUGUCCUGGAUCUUACUCUAUAGACCAGGAUGGCCUCGAACUCACAGAGAUCCACCUAGCUCUGCCUCCCGAGUGCUGGGAUUAAAGGCGUGUGCCACCACCACCGACCGGGCAAGGUCACUACUUUUUAUAACUUUUUGUUUUUGUUGGGGGGGGGGUUGUUUGUUGUUUUUUGAGACAAGGUUUUUCUAUGUAGCCCUGGCUGUCCUGGAAUUUACUGUGUAAACCAGGCUGACCUCGAACUCAGAGAUCUGCCUCCCUCUGCCUUCCAAAUGCUGGGGUUAAAGGUGUGUGUCUCCUCUGUCUGGCUCUUGUAUGAGAUUUUUAAAUAAUAAAGACUUGAAUGAAAAUGUGAAGGAAUAAUACAGUUUUAUUCCUAAAGUUAAAAU